AGAGAGACCAAGGCGUGUGAUGAUUCUGCCUCCCUUACUUGUACAGACAGGAAUGUUUCCUGGUUCUUCUUUGUACAACUCACAGCAGACGGGAUGGGAAACUGUUUUAUAGCUCUCAAAACACAUGCUCCGUAAGAAUGUCGGAGGCCAUCCGUUGCACUCUGGUAAGCUGCAGCUGCCAGUGCUUCAAACCUGGGAAAAUAAACCAGCGACAAUGUGACCAGUGCCGGCAUGGAUGGGUAGCACAUGCCUUAAGUAAGCUAAGGAUCCCUAACCUAUACCCAACAAGCCAAGUGGAAAUAGUCCAGUCUAAUGUGGUAUUUGAUAUAAGCAGCCUCAUGCUGUACGGAACUCAAGCAGUUCCCGUCCGUCUCAAAAUUCUCUUAGAUCGGCUUUUCAGUGUCCUGAAGCAAGAAGAAGUCAUUCAUAUCCUCCACGCUCUGGACUGGACACUUCAAGACUACAUACGUGGAUAUGUCUUACAGGAUGCAUCAGGAAAGGUCCUGGACCACUGGAGUAUCAUGACCAGUGAAGAAGAACUGGCUACUUUGCAGCAAUUUCUGCGCUUUGGCGAGACAAAGUCCAUUGUGGAGUUAAUGGCGAUUCAGGAGAAAGAAGGGCAGUCCAUCGUCAUCCCCACAACCGCAGCCAAUAUGGAUAUUAGGGCAUUCAUCGAAAGCUGUAGUCAGAGAAGUGCAAGCCUCCCUGCUUCCUUGGACAAAAUGAACCCUGUUAACAUCCAUCACUUUGAGAACGUUGUCAACAACAUGGCCUUCAUGCUGCCGUUUCAGUUUUUCAGCCCUGUCCCUCCGCCCCUCAUAGGUUCACCCCCUGAGAGGCUUUUGAUGGAGCAAAGUCAGGACUGCAACAAUGAACUCAAGCAAGAUGUUCCCAUGCAGUUUGCGGAAAACAGCUUCCUGACUUCCGAGUCUUCAUUUCAAGGUGAAAAGGAGGUGGCCUCAACCAGCCCAGAUAUCGCUUUGAAGGACGACACUUCUCCAAGCAAUUUAAGUUCUCCCAACAGCAUCACAAAGCCUGAAAUGAGCCAACUCUCCCCAGAAAGUAAAAUAAAAUCUGUCGACAAAAAUGGCUUCACCACGAGGAGAGGGCGUGUUUUUUGUACAGCAUGCGAAAAGACGUUUUACGACAAAGGGACUCUGAAGAUCCACUACAAUGCUGUCCACCUGAAGAUCAAACAUAAAUGUACAAUUGAAGGCUGCAACAUGGUCUUCAGCUCCCUCCGGAGUCGGAAUCGACACAGUGCCAACCCCAACCCUAGACUUCACAUGCCAAUGAACAGAAACAACCGGGAUAAAGAUCUGAGAAAUGGGUUGGCCAUCACCGGACUGGAAGAGAACAAACGGACGGACUUUAACAUUUUGCCUCCCGACAGUAGAUCCGUUUCCAGCUACGGAAGCUCUUGCAGCGAUUCAAAGACACAGCCAGGUUUUCACAGUACUGGCCAAAAUGGCAUUCUCUUUCCAAACUUGAGGACCGUGCAACCAGUUCUACCAUUCUAUCGCAGUCCGGUCACACCGGCUGAACUUGCAAAUACUCCCGGCACCCUUCCUUCCCUACCUCUGGUUUCCUCGUCAGUCCCUGAGCCGCUGGUUUCUAACGAAUCACCCUUCGACGCGCUGCCCAAGAAAAAAUCCCGCAAGUCUAGCAUGCCCAUCAAGAUAGAGACAGAAGCCAUUGAUACCCCUAGCGCAACUCACGAAGUUGCCAGCUCAGAAGACGACAUGCCUCCACGGCCGGUAAGUGACGGGCAUGUUGAGAUGGGCGGUUCUAGGAUAGAAAAAAACCCAAACCACCCAAUGGAAAAGAAGUCCCAUUCAGGUACAUCACAGAAAUCCAUUUCUGAAGAUGGAGGGCCAACAUAUUUUAAAUCUAUUGAGCCAAAUGACACGUGCGCCAAAGUGGACGAUUUGCAUCGCCCUGAGAAAACAGCUAAGCCCGAACAAGGCAAAUUGUUCAAGAUGGUUUCUUGUGAAAAUGCCUGCAAAGAUCCAAACCAGCACCGUGAUGUGACCAAAGCAGUGGCAGAACCCCAUGACUAUCUGAAAGAGCAGCUGAAUUACAGGAUCCCAAUGAACGACUGCGCUGAAUUGCAGCACCACUUGCUGAGUAGGGGGGCGUUCGGCACACUGUCCGGUAGGAGUGUAGCCGUUCCUGGUUUCGAAGCUUUUAGAGAUAUAGAUCGUGUCAGUCAACAUGCGCCGCUAGGGCUUCAGAGGGAAGACAGCCGUUUCCAUUGUGACAUCUGUAAGAAGACCUUUAAAAACCCCUACAGUGUGAAAAUGCAUUUUAAAAACGUGCACCUAAAAGAAAUGCAUAUUUGCACGGUGGAGGGUUGCAAUGCUGCCUUCCCUUCUCGUAGAAGUCGAGACAGACAUAGCUCCAACCUGAACCUUCACCAUAAGCUUUUGACCAAAGAUCCCUUGGAAAUCAACAACCACCAUUUCAAUGCAACGUACCUCUUGAAGGAUAUGGCAAAAGAGAUUUGUCCAGACGACUCUUUGAUAGGACACGUUGGGCAGCAAACUUCGGUCAUCUUCAAAGGGAUGAACAGGACUGGCAGCCUGGUUUUCCCAAUGAGCAAGAUUGGAGAGGCCUGCCCCGAGAGCUACCAGUAUGACCUGGUAAACGAUGGGGCUGUUCUGGAUUUAAGCACAACGUCCAGCAUCAAGUCAGAGGGCAGUGCUCAUUCCUCUUGGGAUUCUGACGGAGACAAUGAAGAAGGUCCUGGGGUUUUGGAGGACAGUGACGAAAGCUGUGAAAGUCCACCUUUGAUCCCGAAUGAAGACCUCUACCAAGACUGUUCUCUGAUGGAGAAGCCUAACGAGAGUUUCUCAAACAUACCUUCCAGUUUGCCAAUAACCUGCCACAUAUGCCAAAAAAGCUACAGUAAUAAAGGAACUUUCAGGGCCCAUUACAAAACAGUGCAUCUCCGCCAGCUCCACCAAUGCAAAGUCCCAGGUUGCAAUACAAUGUUUUCUUCUGUGCGCAGCAGAAACCGGCACAGUCAAAACCCCAAUUUACACAAGAGCUUGAUCAGGUCAACAGGUAGCCCCCAGUAACAUCUCACUGUUUGGUUAAGAGUCGACAUUUCA